CCCAUCUGGCAGAACAAACCCCACGGCUCAGCACGGAGCGUUGUCAGGAGGAUCGGGUCAAACCUCCCCUUAAAACCCUGUCCCAGAGCAACCUUUGAGGUUCUACCAAGUGUUUCAGAACUCUAUUUAAAUGAUGUUCCUCCAGUCCCCACCUUGGCAGACAUUGUGUGGAUAGCAGCAGAUGAUGAAGAAACAUACACCAGAGUCAGAAGUGACACUCGCCCGCUGAAGCACAAGUGGAAGCCGAGUCCCUUCACCGUUAUACAGCGAAAUGCUUCGGUCCCCAACCUGAGGAAGCAGGAGGAGAAGCUGCUCGCCUUGAAGAAACCUGGUUUGCCAGCACUGAGCCGAACCACAGAGCUCCAGGACGAGCUGAGUCACCUUCGGAGUCAGAUCGCUAAAAUAGUCGCUGCAGAGUCAGCUUCUGCUGCAUUAACACCAGACUUACUAUCUCCAGGAAGUUCCAAUGCAUCUUCUCCUUUACCUUGUUUUGGACCCUCUUUCCAAUCUACAACUUCCUUUGUCAUUAGUGAUAUCACAGAGGAGGAGGCAGAACUCGAAAGCCCCGAGCUCCCGUCGGUCUCCAUGCUUUGUUCUGCAGCCUCUGAGUGUUGUAAACCAGACCCCAAGGACCCUGACGAGGAAGAUUCGGUGUCUCUCUCAAAGGCCAGCAGUUUUGCAGACAUGAUGGGCAUCCUUAAAGACAUUCAUAGGAUGAAGCAGAGCAAAGACUUAAACCGAACGUCAAUGAAGGAGGAAGACCCAGCUGUUCUUAUAGCAGAAGUUCUGAGGAGAAAAUUUGCCCUAAAGGAUGAGGAUCUGGCCCUGAAGGAGAAAUGAUGUUACUGUCAUUAAACUUCAUAAGCAAAAGUGUUAUGCUCCCAGAAUUUUCUGCACAGUAGCUGCCUUCCUAAGGAUUGAGCCUUUUGCCUCUUUUAUUAAUUAGAAAUGGUUUCUGCACUGGACACUUAGGAAAGCCCCUAUGGAUUUGAUGUGUUUUCCAUGUAUUGUUAUAUUUAAGAAAAAAAAAAAAAACUUUUUAAGAUGAUGGAAAUUCUUUUCCACCUGUAUUUUGAUGUUGAUUAUUGAUAAGGAUCUUCUGAAGAGUGCAACGAGUGCUGCUGGAGGAUGUUCUUUCUACCUACAGUUUUCCUUAGGUUCAAACUAAGCAUUAAUAUAUAACGGCCCUUAAAUAGAACUAGUUACCAUUUCCAGUAUAAAGGGAUGUUGGACAUCCAGUUCUCUCUGUGCUGCGUACAGCAGAGAGCAGCUGAGCACCAGCUAAUUAACGCUGGGGGUGAGGAGGUGCUGGGCUCAGCGCUCAGAGGCAGCUCCGAGCCGGCGGGAGGAUGAAACGGCAGCGAUCAAAGCGCUCAGUCACGCCUAAGGGAUCCCCGCAGUUGCAUGACAGAAUGGCCUUAAUUUCUUGCCAGUAAUUGAAUGUUUCAUUAAUAGUCCUUGUAUUCAGAUAACGUAUUUUAUUUAGCAUUCAGAAGGGUCUAUUUAUUGAACCACCGAUGCUAAGAACCAAGCACCCACCGCAAGAGCUGUCUGCCGGGAAGGGCAGAAGGAACUUGGCCUUGCCUGUGGCUGCAGCUCUCACUGAAGAGGUUUCCUUCAGCUACACCUUCUCUGCAACGUUCCUCAUGGCUGUAUUUAUGAUUUUUUUUUUCCUUUAUAUAAAAUGGAGCCUUAAUAAGA